AUGUCUCUCGCAGCCUCCCGCCAAGUGCUGCGGCACUCGACUUUUGCCGUCCGUCGCGCCGGCAUCCGCAAUGCGUCGUCCACGUCCGAAGCUGCUGGCGCCGCGAAGGAGAAGACUGCCGAGGCAUCGUCGAAGGCAUCGGAGGGUUUGACCCGCGUCACCUCCUCGGCCAGUUCUGCUGCGAGCAAGGUCGGAAGCGCGGCUACCAAUGCGGCAAACAAGGUUGGGGGACGGACGGGAAGGCUCAUCGGGAGCGUGCAAGCUAUGAUCCCGCGUGUCAUCUACUACUCAAGAGUCGGUCUUGAGCUUGGCAAGCUCGUCGCUCAUCAGCGAGGCAUGGCACCACCUAACAUGGCCACCAUCCAGCAGUACCUCCAGCCCGUGACCAACGCACUCAAGAACCCCACAAGCCUACUCAACGCCGGUGCGCGCACCGCCGAAUCCAGCUCCGCACAGCCCGUUAACGUCCUCAACCGUGUAAGGGGAUUCUCUCAACAACAGUGGAUUUCCGCUGGUAUUGUCGCUGCUGAGGUUGUUGGUUUCUUCUCCGUUGGCGAGAUGAUCGGCCGUUUCAAGCUCGUUGGCUACCGCGCCAAGGAGGCACACCACUAG